GCAGGAAGGAAGUGGACCAGGCACAACAUGGCGGCGGCUCGGAGAGGCCGGGAGUGCGUGUGUGACGGCGAUGGCGAUGGCGGGCGGGAGGAGCAGCAGCGGCCGCCGCGGCCCCGGCUCCUGCCCCAGCGUCCGUUCCCUGCCCUCGGCUGGACGCUGCUUCUGCUGCAGUGCUUAGGCUCGGCCGUGGCCCCAGCGGCCGCUGACAUGACGGACGGCAACACCGAGUACCUGAAGCGAGAGCACAGUCUGAUGAAGCCGUACCAGGGAGUGGGCUCAAGCUCAAUGCCUCUGUGGGAUUUUACCGGGAGCACAAUGCUUACGGGCCAAUACGUUCGUCUUACUCCCGAUGAUCGCAGUAAAAGUGGAUCGAUCUGGAACAGAGUGCCAUGUUAUCUAAUGGAUUGGGAGCUUCAUGUCCACUUCAAAGUACAUGGAGCUGGGAAAAAGAAUCUUCACGGUGACGGGUUAGCUGUCUGGUACACAAAGGACCGGUUAAACCAAGGCACCGUAUUUGGAAACAAAGAUUUGUUCCACGGUUUAGGACUUUUCAUUGACACAUACCCAAAUGAUGAGAGUGCUGAUCGGGUUUUCCCCUACAUCUCGGCAAUGGUCAACAAUGGAACUCUAAAAUACGACCAUGGCAAAGAUGGGCGCAGUUCUGAGCUUUCUGGAUGUCCCGCAGAGCUUAGAAAUGUUGACCACGACACCUAUUUGGCAAUUCGUUACUCCAGAGGCCGAUUAACAGUGAUGAUAGACGUUGAAGACAAGAACGAAUGGAAAGAGUGCAUAGAUAUCAGUGGAGUCCGACUUCCCACUGGGUAUUUCUUUGGUGCAUCUGCAGCCACCGGUGAUCUGUCUGACAACCAUGAUGUUAUCUCCAUGAAACUCUACCAGCUGACUGUAGAACACUCGCCAGAGGAAGAAAAUAUAGACUGGACGAAAAUCGAGCCCAGCGUCAGUCUCUUCAAAUCUCCUAAAGAUAACAUCGAUGAUCCCACGGGUAAUUUUCGUAGUGGGCCGUUGACUGGCUGGAAGGUCUUCUUGCUCCUCCUCUGUGCAUUACUUGGGAUCAUCGUGUGUGCGGUAGUGGGUGCUGUGGUCUUCCAGAAACGUCAAGAACGCAACAGGCGAUUCUACUGAAUGGCAAACACUGCAGUCGGCCUUUAAAAUGUGAAGUGUUCUUUUCUACACUGUGGUUUGUAUCACACAAGGUGUUUAUAUCCAGAAAGGAGAAGACAAAUCAAAAUAUUUUCAUAUAUUUCUAUCAUAGCUGUGGGACUUGUGAUGCUGAUGAGUAGAGAAAGCAAUGAUGGACAUCACAUAGCGCUCUGCCUCUGUCAUUUUCUAACGGGGGGCCCUGCUUCCUUUUUUUUUAAGGUGUUUGUUACAGCUACAAAUGAUAUUUUUAAAAUGUUUUUUUUUCCUUUUUGUUGCGCAUAUUUGACCUCAUUCUUUUAUCUACAGAACCUACCUACUUGCCGUUGUCAGUGUAACGGGGUAUGGGUGAAUGGUUCUGCUCCUAACUAGGGCAGUAUUCUUUGAUCCUGGUCUGUUGUAAAUGUCGCCAGAUCCAGAAGGACCUUUUUCUUGCUCACUGGGGUCUGCACUAUAUCACUCUAUGUCUGUCUCUGAUGUGUGCUUUGAAUGUAUGUCUGGUCUGCUAUCUUACCAUCUGAAUUUGUCUCUGGCUUGUGCUUUGGGUUUAUCUGACCAAACCCCUCCUGGUCUUGAAGAUACAGAUGCAUGCUCUCUUCCACUUGUCUGCGGGGAGAGUCUCCCUGUUCUUUCUCGCAUCUGGCACUUGUGGACAACCUCUUCCUCUCAUGAGCAUGCAGCACUAGAAUGUCCUCCCACCUACUCCUCUCCCUUUGCAUUGUGGGCAAAUGAGCGUGCUCACAUUCUGCAAGCUGCAUCGUUUUAUUUUAAAUGGAUAAUGGUGCACUGUAACCAUCCCUCGGAGAUCUCCCUGUGAUCUGCCCGUUGAAAUCAGGUUUCAUACAAACUCACGGCAUUCGUGAAUCUGUGGGAUGCCAAGAGAUUGGAAACAGCUUUGCACUGUGGGAGUGGCAGCAGUUUCUUUCUGAUUGUGGGACCUCAGUUGGAGUUUUAACAGGAUUCUAACAGGACUGUUGCUAGUUGUGGUUAGUGGCUCCACCUCUGCUUUUCCAAUGCUGCUCUUGUAAACAUCAAACUAUUUUGUUUAAAACGCUGUGCUUCGUUGCCUACGAUUCUGCUUCACUUCAUCGCUAACUUCAAAUCGAAACAGCGCAUCAUCGCUUUCAAAAAUCUUUUUUUUUGUAUCCUACAAUUUCAAAAUGGUGAACCAGUUUCUGCCCUGAAAAUUUUCGUCCAGUGAUCGAUAGAGCUUUAAAUCGCAACCUUGUUCUUAGUACCUGCCGAUUUCUGAUUUUUUUUUUUCUUUUUUUUUUUCCAUUUUUAUUAAUUAUUGGUCUUGGGCUCUCACCAUUAAUUAGUGCAAACGCUAAUUUCAUACAGCUAUGUUAGAAGGAUGAACAACGUAAUACUGCUUUGACAGACGUGCACAUGCCACAGUACCUGUCUGUUGGCUUCUGGCAGCAUUACCAUUGGGAUUGAUUAGCUUUCAAUGAACUGCGUUUUCCGUGUUUGCACUGCUCCACAGGUGAGGGGCUGAGAGAUGCUCUGUGGUUAACCCAAUAACCUCUUGGGUAAUCGGUUCUAGUUGGGCUGUGGAUAGAAGGCUUCUUUCUAAAAUAAAACAAAUGUGAAGAUUUGGGAAGGGGUAAAAAAACACGUUGUAUUCAUGUGUGAUGUAGUUACAAUGAUGUAAAUUGGAAUGCGAGGAGCAACUUUGUGUGGUGGGUACUGAUCGAAAUAAAAAGUUAAUUCCUAA